AUGAUGUUUACCCGAUUCAACUGCGUCGCCGCAUUGGGAGGCGUCCUGGCACUGGUCGGGGCCAUUUUCGCACUGUUUUGGGGUGAUAUUUUGGAUGCCAUAAUCAUUAAGGAGAAAUCCCUCACACCAACAUCGAAAGCAUUCAAGCACUGGAAACGGCCACCCUUCUCGCUAAACUGGGAAAUCACCUUCUUCAACUGGACCAAUGCGGAGGAUUUCCUAGCAAAUCGGACGACCAAACCGGCCUUCUCGGAGGUGGGACCGUACGUCUACUCCGAAACUUCAGAAAAAGUGGACGUCCGAUUCAACACGAAAAACUCCACCAUAAGCUUCCGGAAGCGACUGUACUUCAAUCCGGUGGAAGCUCGUACCCAAGCCCGAACGGAUGAGCUGAUCACCAGCGUAAACAUGGUGGCCCUGUCCGCGGCCAGCCGGGCAAGCAUCUGGGGGUACGCCGCACAGCGAGCGGUAUCGUUUGCCUUGUUCACGUACCGGCAGGAAAUAUUGGUUACACGGACGGCCGGCGAGUUGCUGUUCGAAGGGUACUCGGAACCGAUGAUCCAGCGAGCGCAGGAAAUCCUGACCUUCAUCGGGGAGGACAUCCCGUUCGAGGGACGGUUCAGCUGGUUCCACACGAUCAACGCUUCGAAGAAAGCGUACGGAGUGUUCAAUAUGGACUCGGGACGGGACGACUCCAGCCAGUAUGGGCUGAUUCGAGCGUGGAACUACAAGAGCAAAACGGAUUCCGCCAGCGGCGAAUGCGGGAAGUUUCGUGGCUUUUCGGGGGAAAUAUUUCCGACGAAGAUCCGCAAGGACCGACCGUUGGGUAUCUUCACACCGGAGAUGUGUCGUAUGGUGUCGUUCGAAUUCGAACGGGAAGAGGAAAUUCACGGAGUGAAAGCCUACCGGUUCGUGGGUAGCGAAAGAACCGUCGACAAUGGCUCGUUGUACGCCGAAAAUCAGUGCAAUUUUGGGGGAGAAUGGAUGCCCUCGGGAGUGAUCAACAUCACCGAGUGCCGCCUGGGGGCUCCGUUCUAUAUGUCGUUUCCGCACUUUUAUCUGGCGGAUUCCUACUAUCGGGAGCAUAUCGAUGGGAUGAAGCCGGACAAGGAGCGACAUCAAUUUUUCUUCAGCAUCGAACCAACGACCGGAGUGGUUCUGAACGGGUCCGUUCGGUUUCAGGUUAACGUUCUGCUGCGGCAGUUUCCAUCGAUAGCACUUUACCAGGAUGCACCACGUUCCUACGUUCCGGUCCUGUGGUUCACGCGAAGCUUCGAAAUGCCCAAAGAGGAAGUGCAGAAACUGAAGGACCUGCUCAGUAUAUCGCAGGUUGGUUAUAAGGCGAGCUUCGCGGUGAUCGGAGCUGGCCUGCUGAUUGGGCUGCUGGCUCUCGGGCUGGGUUGUGCUUUCCGAUCGACCAAGAAAAAACCGAAGAAAGGAAAUGUCGAGCGGACGGCUGCCAACGGAGAUGCACGCGGUGAUUACCACGCGGUGGUACAAAAUGGGAACCCAAAUAAAGAACGAAUAAAACUUUGA